AUGCCUUCGCCGCAGGUUUUUAACCAACAGGCGCCCAUACGAGGACCACUUCCGAAAGCAGCUCGAUGGUCUGUUGGCCCAACGGCUGCGCCCACGGUGCAAGCUGCCUACAAAACUGUUGGAUAUGCACCGCCUUCCGCCCAAAUCAGAAAUCUUCCUGGUGUGCAAUGGAGCAUCCCAGCUUCACAGCCCAACUUGCCAAGCAUGUGUGCCACCCAAAGCAUGGUGGUGCCAAGCCAGGCUGCUGGCCCCAUGGUGCUCACAGCAAAUAGAAGCAUAUUGCGUGGAGUGCCAGCGUGUCCGACAUCAAUCGUUGCCAAGGGUCAAAGGACAGUGACGCGGAUGAGUCCAAGUCCUCUCAGCAAUUCCAACAUCGCCCCACCUCAGAUUGCCCAAAGCCUGCCAGUGGCAGCAAGCAUGACAGCUCCAUCGCAAGUUCCAGCUGCUGCAAAGUUUGCCACAAGUGCAGUUGCCCUUACCAGCCCCAGCCCCCUGCCACAACCAACAUCUGCCUCACUCCGCUUGCCAGUUGGCACCGCUCCACUUGUUGCCACUCCAGUUGUCACUGCACCUGGCGCUGCCCCAGCGCCAACCCCAAGUCCAACCACGAGUCCACCCAAUUUGCCCAUUGGACCUGGGCUGAAUGGAACGAAACCCUUCGGGGUGCCCGCAGUUUCAAGCCUACCCAACAUGUCUGACGCCAGCACGUCCGAGAAGGAACUGGGCAACGAGUCACCACCCAAAGCACCGAAAGGAGAUCAACCCAUCGUCUCAUCCAGCCCCCUAUCUCACACUUCUCGAGCGAACAACAACUCCAUCGGGUUGUCCUCAGGUGGUUUGAGCCCCUCAGCCUCAAGGCAUGGCACUGGCACAACACCACAGGCCUCCCAGCAUUCACACUCAAGGACUCCAAGCCGCCAGGGGCAUGCUCGACAGCCCUCUGCGAUCGCUUGGCAUCCUUUUGAGAGAAUGCUUUUUGAGACGACCGAUGGGGUCUACAACCCAACUGAGAUGGCACAAAAGAGGCGGGUGCCCAUGAACUUCUCUAUAGGCACAGGGACAACUGCUGUCAUGUGCGAAAUCCCAGGCCGAGUGUCGAUUGUUGCACCCUCCAUGGCCUCGCGGCAGCACUACCACGAAAAUCUGUACCGCUGCUUUGAAGCCCAAGACUACCUUGACAAGGAGCUGAUCGUGGUUGAAACCUAUGAGGAUAAGCCAUCCAGCUACUUACAGAAAGUGGCCAAGGAUGAUGAGCGAGUGGUGCAUGUGGCCAUCAAAGUUAGUCCCGGCAAAGAUUUCACUGUUGGCUUGAAGCGUAAUAUGACUUUGCAUUUGGCCUCCGGCGAGUACAUUGUAAACUUUGAUGAUGAUGACCUCUACGCACCUGGCUAUGUGCCAAGGGUGGUACAGUUGAUGAGAGGUCGAAACCUGGUGGGUUUGACCCUAUCAGCAUGGUACAACUACUACAUAGGCAAAGGUGUGUGCACCUUUUCCGAUCCUGAGAGCUGGGAAGAAUGGGCGGACGAUCAGCAGGAGCUGGAUGAGAUCUUGUACGGCUAUGGUUUCAGCUACUCUCACAGGAGAACUCUGUCCCUACUUUUUUGCUAUCCCAAUGUGGGCUUUGCUGAAGAUGCUCCCUUCUUUCUCAAGCUGCGAGAUAUGUUCGGCAAGGACAAGGUCCAACUCUACAAGGAUGAAGAGGGCCUGUGCAUGCAUGUGAUGCACCGUGCAAACACCGCCCAAGUGUUGGGAAGCCGCACCGUGUCAGCACAGGAGAUCGCAAAGCUGAAGGUGACGGCACUGAACCCCUUCCGGGAGAUGAUCGACAAUGAUUUCUUUCGCUUCUCCCCAUGGCGGCCUCCGGUGCCCCAGCCCACGGCUUUCUCUGCAGAGAUUGAGAAUGACGACGAGAGCGAGGUCCCCACAACGAUUGUGGGAGAUGAUGUCAUCCCCCGGUUGAGAGCAUCUACAUUGGAAGGGCCAGGAGGCUUCGAUGCAGGAACCAAUCCACCAACAAGACCACGGGCGAACACCUUCAGAAACUCUGAGGACAUUUCCUGCAUUGAGCUAUGA